AUGGCCACGCAGGGGGAGUCGACGGUGCGGUCUCAUCGUUCGGCGUCCCGGGGAGGCUCUCCCAGGCUGAAACCAGAUCUUAGGCUGCUGGAGCCGCCGCUGUCGAGACGGAGGUCGGCGCAGUCGGUCUCGGGAGCGAGUCAGUCGGACGAGCAACGGUCGAUAUAUCAGCGUAUAGGCUCGAGACAGGGCCAAUCCACCAAGAGCUACUCCCCCAGAAGCCAGGGAUCGAUACCGCGAACUCAAGGGUCGGGGCCGGUGUCUGCUCGAUCAGUUCCGGCUUGGGUAAAACACGCUGGAGACGACGGAGAAGCCAAUGCUUCAGAGAUACAGCCGCAAUCACAAUCACAAUCACAGCCACUACUGCUGCCGCCGGGAGAUGCCCGGAUUGCUGACCACCACUACUCGACGACCAAGGGCAAGGAAACCGUGUUGGACGGCGGAGACGGGGAUGAAGACACAGCGAGAUAUCGGGCCUACACGCACUACACGCAGGAAUCCAGAUGGAGGACGUUCGCUCGAUCGGUGGCAUACCCUCGAGACACGACACAGCAAGGCAAGAUCGUCGAUUCGGACUGGCUCAACGAGAAUUUUGGUGACCUGUCCGGCCCGUGGAAGGGAUACGUUGAUGAAAAGGAUGCCGAGAGCGGACGGAACUCGGGCACAUUCAUACAACGGCGGAAGAGAUGGGUGAAGGGAUUCCAGUAUAGGAUCCUCCACAGUCCCAUGGUGCCGCUCAUCAUACGGCUCACGGUCUUCAUAUUCUCGGCCAUCGCCCUCUCGCUCGGGGGCACGAUCCGGCAGCUCUCGACGGAACACGGUCGACCGCAAGGGCCGUCAUCUCUCAUGGCCAUCAUCUUCGAUGCAAUUGCACUCGUAUACCUAGUCUACAUCACCUACGAUGAGUACACGGGGAAACCGCUGGGCCUACGGUCAGCCACGGCAAAGAUUCGGCUGAUAUUCCUCGACCUGGUCUUCAUCGUCUUUGCAUCGGCGAAUCUAAGUCUGGCCUUUGCUUCGUUGUCUGACGUUAACGAGUCAUGCUCUACCAGCGAUACGAACCAGGCGGUAGAUCCCAGAAACGACCUCAUCUGUGACAGGCAGAAGGUACUGGCUGCUGUCUUGUUUGUUGUGCUGGUUGCCUGGUUGAUGACUUUUAUGAUCAGUGCUCUACGGGUCAUCGAGCGUGUGGCGGCCAAGUAA